AUGAUCAAGUGUGAACAUCCUCAACACAAAACCAAGCCAAAAUACGUACGAAAAGUAUCAGAUGGAUGUUCAGAGAGGAAGAAUCCAGGAGUUCAGGAUAAAUGGGUGGGGAAUGGAGAUGUUUCUUUAUAUGACGACACCAGAGCAGGAGUCUUGAUGGUGUUUUUUAGAGAGCUGAAAACUGCAGAUGCAGGAACAUACAGAUGUGGAGUGAACUAUACUGAGAGCUUCACUGAACUUCAGCUGGACGUCAGAGACGAUGCAAAAUAUCCAAAGACAAAGACUGAAUCUGCUCAUCUUGGUGAAGAAGUCAACAUCACCUGUCAGAUCCCAGAGGAACAUAAAGUUCAUUUCUGCAAAGAUGAUGAUGAUCACAUCUGUCAAAAUAUCAGCACAUCUGCAGUGACAGAAAUGAGUCCUUCAUCUGAGAGAAAUGAAGAGAGAGUUUUUACAGUGAGCAUCAGUAAUGUGAGUGUGAGAGAUGCUGGAGUUUACUGGUGUGGAGCAGAAACCAGAGACACACAUUUGACUUUCAUCUCCCUGACCACCAAAAUUCAGCUCAACCUCUUCAUGGCUCCAGUAGUGAGACGUGAAGGAGAAUCUGCUGAGAUCUUCUGCCCUUAUGAUUCAAUCUAUAAAUCAAAGUCAAAGUCUCUCUGUAAGGGGAAGUGCUCCACUAGAGAUAGAAAUACUCUCAAUGAGACUGUGAGAGAAGAGAAAGACACCAAGACUGACAGAUUGACUCUGAAUGAUGACGUCACUGCAAGUGUCUUCACUGGGACCAUCACUGGACUGACAGCAGAGGAUGCUGGGAAAUACUGGUGUGCAGUGACAUUAGAGAGAGACGUGAAUUAUCUUUACACUCAUCUGAUCGUCAUCAUGAACGAGGGUGAGGAAGGUUUAUACAUCUGA